CGAUUUGUUAACUUGCGCUGCAGGUCAGGCUGCAGACUCUUCACUUCCCAGCCUGCAGUCACAGCAGUCACAGAUGGAGUCCCUCAUAGUCUUCCUGUUCGUGAUUUCUUGCUCUAUAGCUCUGCAGCAGGAUGUGCAGGUAAAGUUUGGAGCUGACGUCACUCUCCAGUGUCAGAUUACUACAGAUGAAAGAAUCUCAGUGGUGAAGUGGAGCAGACCUGACCUGAACACAGACGGCUACGUCUACUUCUACAGGAACAAACGCUUCUAUGAAAACUACCAACAUCCAUCUUUUCAUGGCCGAGUGAAGCUGAGGGACCCGGAGAUGAAAGAUGGAGAUGUUUCUCUGAUCCUGAACAACGUCACGUUUAAUGACACUGGGAUGUAUGAGUGUCACAUAGCAGUGAGGAACCCUGUGAGAAGUAAAAGAGCUCACACUGAGAUCAGUCACUUCAUUGACCUCACAGUCACAGGUGAAACAGAUGAAAAGUUGUUGCAGCAGCAAACUGUGGAAAGUGAAGCUGGAAACAUCAACAAACAACAGGAUGUUGGAGACGUAGUAACUCCAACUCUUCUAAUGGUUGUUUGUUAUGUUGCGGUUGCUGUUAUUGUUGUUGGUUUUCUGACAUUAUUCAUAUUUAAAAGAAUUCAGUUAAAAGGA